CACAGCGUCCCUCUGUGUCAGUGAGUCCCUCUGCUGAGAUGAUGGAGGGUGAUUCAGUGACUCUGACCUGUAGCACUGAUGCUAACCCAGCAGCUAGCUACACCUGGUACAAGGAGGAUGGAACUUCAGACCCUCGUCUUCUCAGUGAAGGACCUCAGAUGGUCUUCAGCUCCAUCCAGUCCUCUGACUCUGGAAGGUAUUCCUGUGCAGCUGAGAACCAGCUGGGGAGGAAGAGGUCUGACUUAAUCUCUAUCGAUGUGAAAUAUGGUCCACAGCGUCCCUCUGUGUCAGUGAGUCCCUCCGCUGAGAUGAUGGAGGGUGGUUCAGUGACUCUGACCUGUAGCACUGAUGCUAACCCAGCAGCUAACUACACCUGGUACAAGGAGCAUGAAGACUCACCACGAGCAUCAGGACAGAUGUUCACCAUCACUGACUUCAGAGCUGAACACAGUGGGAAUUAUUCCUGUGAAGCCCAGAACGAGAUGGGACGUAGUACCUCCACCUUACUUCAGAUUACUUUUUCAGUGAUACAGAGUCAGGACGGAUGGGGAGUGAUUUACUAUCAGACUGAGAUCUGUGCUGUAAAAGGAUCAAGAGUGGAAAUAAGCUGUACCUACACACACCCACUUGGAAUAAAUCACUAUGAUAUAAAGGACAGAUUCUGGUUCACUAAAGAGAAAGAUGGUGAACCUGUGGAUCUGAGAACAGACUCUGAGUAUUCAGACCGUGUGGAGUAUGAAUGUUAUAAGAAGAGUUGCUAUCUGACCAUCACAAACCUGAGAGAGAGCGACUCAGCUGAGUACAAAUUCACAUUCAGGACAAACAAAGGAGAGAAAUAUACUGGUUCACCUGGAGUCACUUUGUUUGUCACAGGUUCAGGUCUCCAGGUGCAGGUGAGCAGAUCAAAUUCUACCAGGUUGGAGCUGAGGUGUCACAGCAGCUGUGAUCUGUCUCAUCAUCCUGGAUACCACUGGUUCAAGAAUGAAAAGUACAUCCAGACAGGAUCUUCUCUUCUAGUCUCCUCUGGUUCUACAGACAGAUAUUCCUGUGAUUUAAGUGGAUCUUCUAGUCAACGUUCUCCUGCAGUGUAUGGUCCACAGCGUCCCUCUGUGUCAGUGAGUCCCUCUGCUGAGAUGAUGGAGGGUGAUUCAGUGAAUCUGACCUGUAGCACUGAUGCUAACCCAGCAGCUAACUACACCUGGUACAAGGAGCAUGAAGACUCACCACGAGCAUCAGGACAGAUGUUCACCAUCACUGACUUCAGAGCUGAACACAGUGGGAAUUAUUACUGUGAAGCCCAGAACGAGAUGGGACGUAGUACCUCCACCUUACUUCAGAUUACUUCUUCAGGUGGAGAUACAACAACAAUGAUAAUAAACAUCACCAGGUGGACUCUGCUGGUUCUGAAUCCGAUGAUUCUGCUUGUCUUCUGUCUGUGGAUGAGGAAGAAGAAAGCUGUGAGCUCCACCACUGAACCACAUGAGCCCAGAGAGGCUGUGGAGAUGGACCUUCAUCCUGAGUAUGAGAACCUCUCAGCACAGAGAGAAGACCCAGAGGAGCAGGAAGACCAGAUGCAGUGGAACCAGAGGGAGACUCACCUGGACGGAGACAGGAACAAGUGGACAUAUUUCCCUUCAGAACCACCAGUUAUUAUCUGAGGUCUUUUUAUUUCAUUCUCUUUGCUCUUCAAUCGCUGUUCUUAUUUUAAAUGUUCUUUUUUAUGACUUGUAUCGGUGGAGAACUUUGAUUUUCAUUGUUGCUGAAAUGUGUUUCAUAGAUAAACUUGCCUUAAACAACAGAACCAGUGGCUCUUAGCAGAAUAUUCAUGAUGCUUUAAUUAUACCUGUGUUGGUACUUGUGUCCAUGAUUUAAUUGAAAUGCAAUAAAUUGCCUUUAACAAAUACUGA